AUGGCACGCACCGAAGAACCGCUUGAUGCCCCCGAUGGCUCCGCUUUGACAUGGAUUUUCGACCAUUGUCUUCGGUACCCUGGUACCUACGAGAUCCCGUUGCGUUCCAUGUAUACGUUGAAUUGCAACCCCACGAGACAACAGCCAUCCUCAACUACCCGCCAGCCUGAAACAGCCUUCCAUCGCCCGACCAAUUCGUCUUCUUCUCAAGACUCGAUGGAUCUCGCUGCUGAUUUCCGGGCUCUAUUAAGCCACCAGAUCUCCCGUCUGCCCUCGCAGCCAUGCAACCUGCCUCCCAGCUUCGUCACCUCCUUCGUGCGUCGCUGCUUCACCCCUCAAUUGGUAGAGGUCGAUUUUCCUCAGGCAUUGACCGCCUUGGACUACCUCAAAGAUUUCGAAAUCCGCCGUCGGAAGGAGGUUGCUGCCGCUUUGCAGCGACUGGGUGUCGACCCGGAGGAUGUGAAGGAGUCGUCCGAGAUCGCUAAGAAGUAUCCUGGUGCGAUCACCUGGCUCGAGUCCCUCAACUCUCGGGGUCGCCGCAUCGAGGCUCUGUACACCCAAGUCUAUGUUGGCUUGCGUCGCUGGACUCUGAUCAACGAGAUGUUGAUGGAACCUUUUAACAAGGCCAAUUGCAUCGCAAUGCUCAACACAUUGUUCCCCCCGGUUACCGACGCAACUGUACCUCCGACCUCGUACCUGACGCCUGACCAUCUGAGGUCCCAGCGCGACGGUUUCUUCAGGUACAUUGCGGCUGUGGGGCGCAAUGGCCCGGAAGUGCUCAACGAGAUUAUCGUUCAGGGCGCACUGCCUGGCGAUGAUAAUGGUUGGCCUGUAGUCCGGGAUGUUCUCGAUCGCUACCUUCGUGCGGCCUUGGACAUCUACGAUGACUGUAGCACGGUCACUGGGCUCGCCAGUUUUGAAGAGAGUACUGAAUCUCAGACCCGCGGUCACAAAGGCCGCAAGGUUGACUCCGGAAUCAGUUUCGGCUCCGCGGAGAAGAUUCUCGCCGCCGGGGGCGAGAGCAGCAAGGAAGUCGAGGAUAUCCUCGAGAAACCUCUGCCUCCACCUCCCACGACCAGGCACAAAUCGGGCUCUGCGUUGGAGCGGCUGACUCGCGAGCUUCGCAAGUUGGGCGAAUCCGGCAAGGUCAAGAGUCUCAAGAAGAUGAGAUCCACGAGUGCUCUAGCGGUGCGGUCCGAAAACGUGCCCAGUCGGUCGGAAGAAGAGUCACUCUUUGAGAUUGAUGAAAUGAAACGCCGGCGGCUCCUGUGGGAAGCCUCCAACCGCAAGAAAGCCCAUUCUAAGCAGUCGAGCACGGACUCGCGUUAA